AUGGCAGAUGAUCUCGGAUUCAGUAAUUACGGCUGCUAUAGCUCCGAGAUCUCAACGCCAAACAUUGAUAGUCUCACCUCACAAGCUGGUGGUAUCCGCGUCACCGACUUCCACGUCGCUGCUACAUGUAGCCCCACGAGAUCGGUGCUUACUGGCCCUGGGGGCUAUCUCGAAGAGAGAGUUACCACACUAUCACAAUUGCUAAGACAUGGCGGUUACUUUACUUCGAUGAGCGGAAAGUGGCAUCUUGGCCCCAAGCCUGAGCACCAUCCGAACGAGAGAGGGCUCAACACGAGCUUGGCUCUUCUACCCGACUGUGCUCACCGUUAUGGUAUAUUGCCUUAUUCCCACACAAAACCUGUUUUAAUCGCUAUAACCAUGUUACUAUACGAGCCAGAGUAUGAUGACCCCAGGUCUGAGCCCGGCAAGGUCUUUGAAACAGCCUCGAGAGCCAUUCAUGUCCAAAACGGGAAGUUCUUACUGGAAGGCGAACAGGGCCCUGAAUGUGCCGAAGGAAAUAUCGCGACGGAUGCAUUCUGCACGGUCAUGGACAUCAUUCCCACGAUUCUGGACUAUGCUGGUCUUCAACAUCCCAAUUCCCACGCUGGAAGACCGGCCAUGCCUUUGCGCGGCAAGAAUUGGAUGCACGUCCUGGAUCGACUGCAGAAGAUCUCCCGUUCCGACUCGAUUUGCAACCAGGACUAUGUAGUCGAUUUUAAAACGAAGUGUUCUGGGGCGAUUCGUCGUGGAGACUGGAAGAUCAAUCUUGUCCCUGCCCCAAAGGGCCCCAAGUGUUGGGAGUUAUUUAACAUUGAUUAA